AUGCCAAUAGAACUACAAGCUUAUCAUGUCACCCAACCCGGUCAGACAAACAAAGGGUAUAUUCCAAACGACCAGGACGAGGUGAGUACAGGUCAACCGGUUGAUGUGGCAGUUACACUUCAAAAUGGUCGUUCUGGAGAUAAAGAUGACGUCAUGAAUCAUGAUGACGAUCCGCCGACUGAUCACUGCUCUUUAUGUGUGUAUAACACACAGAAAAGCAUAGUUGGCGGUUUGUCGUCACAUUGGGUCCUGAUCAGACGAUGUAUAAUCGUUGUAAUCGUCUGCCUAUAUUUUGCCUACUUCGGGUAUUGUAUGUACUUCCGGUUUGGUGACGAGGGAUCAAUUCGGCUGUUGGUGUGUACAGUAUUCGGGGUUCUGCUGGCAUUUUCACUGUUGGUCUUAGGAUGGACAAAAAAGCAAAGACGUAGCUUAUGGAAUAGGACUAUAAAACCAUGCGUGACAUCUAAGACGGGACAACGUUCCAUCGCGAUUUUGUCAAUAUUGCUGAAGGUCAUCGUGUUUAUCAUCAUCGCUGUUUAUAUUAUCGUUGACGUGGCAAUCGACCAUCCAGAAAAUCUCAUCGCAGUUGCCGGGCAGACCAUCUAUAUCAUCAUCUUCUUCAUUUUCUCUAUAAGUCCUGGCAAGGUGAAGUGGCACACCGUAUUCUGGGGAUUUGCCCUACAAUACAUCCUCGCACUCAUCAUCCUACGUCAGGAAUGGGGAUUCCAGGUCUUCAAGUACUUGGGGGAUCGCGUUGGGGAGUUCCUUCAACACUCAGACGCCGGCGCAAUCUUCAUGUUCUCAAACCCAUUAAUCAGCGCACACAUAUUCGCCUUUACGGUGCUUCCAAUUGUCAUAUUCUUCUACACAAUCAUCAGUAUCCUGUACUACCUGGGAGUCAUGCAGUUUAUCGUGAAAGUACUGGGGCGUAUGCUUGCAUUUAGCAUGGGAACUACCCCGGCAGAAUCUCUUAACGCCGCGGGAAACAUAUUUGUCGGUAUGACAGAAGCGCCUCUGAUGAUUAGUCCAUUCCUAAAGGAUAUGACUUCCUCAGAAUUGCACGCUGUGAUGACUGGAGGAUUUGCCACAAUAGCUGGAAGUGUUCUGGGAGCGUACGUCAGUUUUGGGGUUCCCGCAAACCAUCUUAUAUCUGCAUCCGUCAUGUCGGCUCCAGCCGCUCUAGCCAUUUCCAAAUUGGCCUAUCCUGAAGUGGAGGUGAGCAAGUCAACCAGCAAAGACUUCAGCAAAAUGGAGAAAGCCAAGGAGAGGAACAUUAUAGAGGCAGCCACAGCCGGUGCUUCAGCCGCCAUCAAACUGGUGGCUGCCAUCGCCGUCAACAUCAUCGCCUUUCUGUCCUUACUUAACUUCGUCAACGCAACUCUUGUCUGGUGUGGAGAAAGAGCAGGGAUUGACGGCUUUACUCUUGAGUUCAUCUGUUCCUACCUGUUCUUCCCGAUCGCCUUCUUUAUGGGAACAGAUGUUUCCGACUGCCGUAAGGUGGCAGAGCUGAUUGGUAUCAAGACAUUUACUAACGAGUUUAUCGCCUACCAGAAACUGGCCGGUAUUAUUAGUAAUGGUAACUCUCUGGCUAACUAUACCGCCUUCUACAACGACACGGCGCACUGGUACUGGGACAACGGCAACGUCAUUCUCAACAACACCGGCCAGCAGUUAGUGGGAGGGAUCAUCUCGGACAAAUCAGAAGUUAUCGCCACUUAUGCCUUAUGUGGCUUUUCCAACUUUGGCUCCAUCGGUAUACUUCUGGGCGCUAUGGGCGCGUUGGCGCCGACACGAAAAAGAGACCUUGCCCGGAUGGUAGUCCGUGCCAUGAUUUCUGGGACAGUAGCGUGUUUCCUUACUGCCUGUAUCGCCGGAUUGUUGUACAAAGACUACUGA